CUCCACAGGCAGAGACAAUUCUGGAUAGAAGAUGGGUGACCAUAUGAAAGAGUGGGAAGAGGCAGGAAAUGCUGGAGAUAUCAAGGAGAAGUACCCCGAGGUAAUCAGACUUCCAGGGGGAUUAAACUCUGAAUAUAUGGUACUGGAAUGCUCCAAAGUUCCUGGGAUUCAGCUGAAGAUUUUCUGGAAAAUAUUUGUAAGUGAAGAAGGAGUUGUUGCUCCAGUGCUGGAUCUCUUGACAAAAGUACCAGCAGAGGCACUUGACUUGGACACAAAGAAAGUUGUGGACAAUGCACCCAACAGCUUUAGAAAACUUAUACGUGUGUUUGGAAUUGAGGCUGCUAUAGAUCACUUAAUUAAACUGAUGUGAAAGUCAGUCUAAACGGUGUUUCACAAGAAAACAGUGAUUUCCA